GCAGCGGCGGCGGCUGAAGUUAAAGCCCGGCCGGGGCUGAGAGAGGCGGGAGGGGGUCGCCACCAUGACGGACCGCUGCAGCCUCUGGAGCGCCCUGUCGGCGGCCGCCUGCUGCUUCUACCGGGGCUCCUUCAUGCAAGUGCAGUUCUCCAAGGAGAAGUACAUCCUGGAUUCAUCCCCGGAGAAGCUUCAUAAGGAGCUGGAAGAGGAAUUGAAACUCAGCAGCACGGAUCUUCGCAGCCACGCCUGGUACCACGGGCGCAUCCCCCGGGAGGUGUCGGAGAGCCUGGUGCAGAGAAAUGGGGACUUCUUGAUUCGCGACUCGCUCACCAGCCUGGGGGACUACGUGUUAACGUGCCGUUGGCGGAACGAGCCCCUCCACUUCAAGAUCAACAAAGUGAUGGUGAAGUCCAGCGAGGGCCGCACCCACAUCCAGUACCUGUUUGAGCAGGAGAGUUUCGACAAUGUGCCGGCCCUGGUGCGGUUCUAUGUGGGCAACCGCAAGCCAGUCUCGGAGCAGAGCGGGGCCAUCUUCUAUUGCCCUAUCAACAGAACCUUCCCGUUGCGCUAUCUGGAGGCCAGCUACGGACUUGCCAACGGGAAACACAGCGGCUCGCAUGGCCACUCGAGCCAGAAAGGGGGGCACAUCAAGCGGAGGAGCAUCACUAUGACGGACGGAUUGACAGCUGACAAGAUCAUAAGGGGGGAAGGGUGCCCAACAAGCGUCUCCUUGCCACAUCACCGAGACAUCAUCCGCAACUGUGCAGUCAGCGUAGACCAGAUCCAAGACCUACAGUCUCCGAUGUCUCCUAUUUCUGAGAACCCUGCAACUGCAGCCUACAGCACUGUGACACGGCUAAAACCACAAGCAGGGCAGACCGGCGGCAGCCUCGCCCCAGCGUCCCCUGUCAUAAGGAGAUCCAGCGAGCCACAACUGUGCCAAGGGAACCACAAUGGCAAGGCUGAGCAACCCGACAGCGCCCACUCCACGCCUUCCCACGGAUACUCCCGGGCAUCUCCUUCUCCCUCUGUGAACAGUUACAGCGACCCAGACUCUGGGCACUAUUGCCAGCUCCAUCCCCCUUCCCCAAUCAGCUGGGAACUGCCCGCUCAGGACGGCAAGCAGGCGCCAGCCAAGAGUUACGUGGACAGGUUAAAGGGGGACGAGAGCCAGAAGGGGGCGCUGACGCAGAACGGCUCCGAGUCGGAGGCCGGACCCAGGAAGAGGCCCCAUCAGGAUGCUCCGGGCUUCACGGUCCCCGUGGUGGAGAGAACCUCUUCUUUCAACCCGGCCGUGUUCCACUCCCUUCUUAUUCCUCUGGAAAACAAGCCCUUGGAAAUGGCCGUGCUUAAAAAAGUCAAGGAGCUCCUGGCCGAGGUGGACGCGAAGACGCUCGCUAAGCACAUCACCAAAGUGGACUGCCUGGUUGCUAGGAUACUGGGCGUUACCAAGGAGAUGCAGAGGCUCAUGGGAGUGAGCUCGGGGAUGGAGCUGCUCACUUUGCCCCAUGGACAUCAGCUCCGCCUUGACUUGCUGGAAAGGUUCCACACCAUGUCUAUCAUGAUCGCUGUGGAUAUUCUGGGCUGCACGGGCAGCAUGGAGGAGAGGGCCUCCCUCCUGCACAAGACCAUCCAGCUGGCGGCAGAGCUGAAGGGCACCAUGGGCAACAUGUUCAGCUUUGCUGCUGUGAUGAACGCACUCGAAAUGACCCAGAUCUCACGACUGGAACAGACCUGGAUGGUUUUACGCCAGCGCCACACGGAAGGGGCCAUCCUCUACGAGAAGAAACUGAAGCCUUUUCUAAUGGGUCUGAACGAAGGCAAAGACGGACCCCCCCUAUCCAACACCACCUUCCCACACAUUGUGCCCCUCAUCACACUCUUGGAGCGGGACACGGCUCUUCCAGACAACCCUGAGCCCUGGGAAAACGUGGAUGAUGGCGUGGAGGUGGUCAUGGCCCACCUGGAGGCGGCACGGAUGGUGGCUCAUCACGGGGGAUUGUACCACACAAAUGCAGAGGUGAAGCUGCAAGGCUUCCAACCAAGACCGGAACUACUCGAGGUCUUCAGCACGGAGUUCCAGCUGCGUCUUCUGUGGGGCAGCCGAGGCGCAGAGAGCAGCCAGAGCGAACGCUACGACAAGUUCAACAAAGUCCUCACGGCGUUGUCCCACAAACUCGAGCCGACGGUGCGCUCCAGCGAACUGUAGCUGACAGCGCAAACUGUGGACUACACAAGCAAAGAAAGAUGUCACCAAAUCAGCAGCCUGCAGCUUCCUCUUUUCAUCAGCCCAUUGCUCAGGGAGGGGGGGCUUUCAGGUUGACGUGCGCAGAGCACCAGGGUUGGAAUCUGCAUCUGCAAAGGCAGCAAGGAAUGAAGGGGACCAGCCAAGGAGUCCGUCAUCGUGAAAGGCCUUUUUCUGCAGCAGUUACUGACAAUCAGUAUCCAAGAGGCAGAAGCAGCUGUUUCUUGCUUCGAAAAGGAACCAACGUAUCCAGCUGCACCUUGCUGUCGCUACCACCUUUGCAAAGUGGCAUGGAGAUGCGUUUCUGCAACUGCACCAGCCAGACCUUUUGCAACUCCUCUUGGGUGAUUUGCCCCCCUGAACACAAACGGCUGCAUAGCACAGCUGGUGCAAACGACUCCAGAUAUGUGGCAAUGUAAAAACUCACUAUGGAUCCACACCUUGGCCACGGCUGACUUUGAGGACUCCCAGGUCCCCUUUAAACCAGAAUGUACAACUGAUCUUCUCUCAUUGCUUUGUUGUCAGGCAUCUUCUGGGGGUGACUGGUCUCUCCCCCACCUCCUUUGGCUGCAAUCCUAUUUAGGAAUAAAUCCCACUGAAAUUGGUGGAACUUACUUCUGUAUGAAUGUCAAAAAAGGGGCUUCUUGUGUGUGUCCCUUCAUAUUUGACAGAGGCCACUGACUCCAGGUUCCUUUGUCCACAGCCAACUCUAGUCCAAAGAGCUGAGCUCACCAAUUCUUCUGUGCCAAAGACUUGGGAUUUGGCUGGGGUAAUCUCCCCCCUCCCCCCCACUAUGGUGCUUAUGCAGUGGCAACUGAUCUAUACCCAUUCCUCCUAUAUGCCUGGAAACAAGCAAGAUGAUGUCAUUGUAUUCAGUGUUUCCUUGCUCCUAUAAGUGGCAUCCAAUGAACGGUGUCCAGCAUAUUUCUAAAUGUUACUUGGAAGAUGCAGCAGAGACAUGCAUGUCACUGACUCAUGUGUUGAGAAAGUUUGGAUUUAUACCCUGCUUUCCCCAACUUUGGGGAGUCGUAACAGCGUAUAAACACUUUCUUUUUAUCUCCCCAUAACAGACACCUUGUGAGGUCAGUGAGGCUGAGUUCUGUGAGAACUGUGACUAACCCAGCAGGCUUCAUGUGUAGGAACAGGGAAACAAAUCUGAUUCACCAGGUUAGAGUCU